GGCGCCCAGAGGCCUUCUCGGUUCCCGGAAGCCAGCCUGCGAGGGGCGGGCGCGCGGCCGGAGCCCGAGCCGAAGGUAGAGCGGGCAGGGCAGGCCGGGCGGCCUGGAGCCCGACGAGUCCGGAGCGUCCCCGCAAACGGGGGCAUCAGGUCGUCCCGGGGCCCGUCAUGCUGGUGACUGCCUACUUUGCCCUGGUGGUCCUCCUGUUCUCCUGUCUGGGGUUGGAGCUGUCGAGAUGCCGGGCUAAGGCCUUUGGAAGGGCCUGUAGCAACCCUUCCUUUCUUCAGUUUCAAUUGGACUUCUAUCAGGUUUAUUUCCUGGCAUUGGCAGCUGACUGGCUCCAGGCCCCCUACCUCUAUAAGUUGUAUCAGCAUUACCACUUUCUGGAGGGGCAAAUUGCCAUCCUCUAUGUCUGUGGCCUUGCCUCCACAGUGCUCUUUGGACUUGUGUCCUCUUCUCUGGUGGACUGGCUGGGUCGCAAGAAGUCUUGUGUCCUCUUCUCCCUCACUUACUCUCUCUGCUGUUUAACCAAACUCUCUCAGGAUUACUUUGUGCUGCUGGUGGGCCGAGCUCUGGGAGGGCUGUCCACAGCCCUGCUCUUCUCUGCCUUUGAGGCUUGGUACAUCCACGAGCAUGUGGAGCGGCAUGACUUCCCAGCUGAGUGGAUCCCAGCUACCUUUGCCCGAGCUGCCUUCUGGAACCAUGUGCUGGCUAUUGCGGCAGGUGUGGCAGCCGAGGCUGUGGCCUCCUGGAUGGGCCUGGGACCUGUAGCACCCUUUGUAGUUGCCAUUCCCCUUCUGGCUCUGGUCGGGGCUUUGGCCCUUAGAAACUGGGGCGAAAACUAUGAGCGACAGCGUGCCUUCUCAAAGACCUGUGCUGGUGGCCUGCGCUGCCUUUUAAAUGACCGCCGAGUACUGCUGCUUGGCACCAUACAGGCCCUAUUUGAGAGCGUGAUCUUCAUCUUUGUCUUCCUUUGGACACCUGUGCUGGACCCACAUGGGGCCCCAUUGGGCAUCGUCUUUUCCAGCUUUAUGGCAGCCAGUCUGCUCGGCUCUUCCCUGUACCGCAUCGCCACCUCCAAGAGAUAUCACCUUCAGCCCAUGCACCUGCUCUCCCUCGCUGUCCUUAUUGUUGUCUUCUCCCUCUUCAUGUUGACUUUCUCCACCAGCCCAGGCCAGGAGAGCCCGGUGGAAUCCUUCAUAGCCUUCCUACUGAUUGAAUUGGCCUGCGGGCUGUACUUUCCCAGCAUGAGCUUCCUGCGAAGAAAGGUGAUUCCAGAGACCGAGCAAGCUGGUGUGCUUAACUGGUUCCGUGUACCCCUGCACUUACUGGCCUGUCUGGGUCUCCUGGUCCUCCAUGACAGCGACCGGAAGACGGGCACUCAGAACAUGUUCAGUAUCUGCUCCGCUGUUAUGGUUAUGGCUCUGUUGGCAGUGGUGGGGCUCUUUACAGUGGUCAGACACGAUGCUGAACUUCGAGUGCCCUCACCCACUGGAGAGCCCUAUGUCCCUGAACUCUAACCUUGGGUUAGGACAAGGGGACUGAGAUGGACUAUUGAGCCCUGCCUCCCUAGGGUUGCACAGAUCUCACUGUUACUGACUUUAUGAUGCUCUGGCCCUUUCCAAGGGCCCCCCUAUCAGUGCUUUGUGUUGGGAAGUGCAUGGGGUUGAUGGCCAGGAAAGAUGCCAAACAUUGCUCUUUGUUACUCCCUUUCUUCCCUCUCAUUUAAAAAUAAAUACUUUGAAUCAUCUGA